AUGGAUCCCGCCGCCGCUGGGGUCUCUCGCCGUCCUGCUUCGGCCUCGGGCUAUGGGUCCUUGGUGGGGCGGCUCAACUUCGCAGUGGCGGAGUCGCGUAUUGGGCGGCGCUUCAAGGUGGCGGAGAGGGGGAGCACGUUCACGACGGAACUGCGGGCGGGGACGGCCACUUUCCUCACCAUGGCGUACAUCCUCGCCGUCAACGCCUCCAUCCUCGCCGACUCCGGCGCCACCUGCACCAUCUCCGACUGCAACAACCCGUCCCAGUCCUGCAAGUUCCCCCCCGUCGUCGACCCCGGAUAUGCCGCCUGCCUCGACCGAGCGCGGAGAGACCUGAUAGUGGCGACGGUCGGGUCAUCGAUCAUCGGGUGCCUGAUCAUGGGGAUCUUCGCCAACCUUCCCAUCGCCCUGGCCCCGGGGAUGGGGAUCAACGCCUACUUUGCCUACAACGUGGUGGGCUUCCACGGCUCGGGGAAUCUGUCCUACCGCAAUGCCCUCACCGCGGUCUUCAUAGAGGGGCUGCUCUUCAUGCUCAUCUCCGCCGUGGGAUUCCGCGCCAAGCUCGCGAAGCUCGUGCCCAAGCCGGUCCGCAUAUCCUCCUCCGCCGGGAUAGGGCUCUUCCUGGCCUUCAUCGGCUUGCAGGGGAACCAGGGCGUGGGGCUCAUCGCGUACAGCUCGUCCACGCUCGUCACGCUCGGCGCCUGCCCGCGCAGCGAGCGCGUGUCGCUCGCGCCCGUGGUGGCCGCCGCCAACGGCACCAUCUCCCUAAUCCCCGGCGCCACCGUCUCCGGCGGGAUCAUGUGCCUCCGCGGGCGCAUGGAGUCGCCCACUUUCUGGCUCGGCGUGGUGGGGUUCGUCAUUAUCGCCUACUGCCUGAUCAGGAACAUCAAGGGAGCCAUGAUCUACGGGAUCCUCUUCGUCACCGCCGUCUCCUGGUUCCGCAACACGUCGGUCACCGCCUUCCCCGACGACUCCAGCGGCAACGAGGCCUACCACUACUUCAAGAGGGUGGUGGACGUGCACAAGAUCGAGUCAACGGCGGGGGCUCUGAGCUUCUCCGGGCUCGGGAAGCCCUUCUUCUGGGAGGCCGUCGUGACCUUCCUCUACGUGGACCUCCUGGACACCACAGGGACCCUCUACACCAUGGCGCGCUUCGCCGGCUACGUCGACGCCGAGGGGAACUUCGAGGGCCAGUACUUCGCCUUCAUGUCCGACGCCACCGCCAUCGUGGUGGGCUCGCUCCUCGGCACCUCCCCGGUGACCGCCUUCAUCGAAUCCUCCACCGGGGUGCGGGAAGGGGGGAGGACGGGGAUGACGGCCAUCACCGUCGCCGGCUACUUCUUCCUGGCCUUCUUCUUCACCCCGCUCCUGGCGUCGAUCCCCCCGUGGGCCGUGGGCCCCCCCCUGGUUCUCGUCGGAGUGAUGAUGAUGAAAUCCGUGCUCGACGUGGACUGGGACGACAUGCGACAGGGCAUACCAGCGUUCAUCACGAUGAUCCUCAUGCCGCUGACUUACUCUAUCGCCUACGGACUGAUCGGUGGGAUCGGCACCUUCAUCGUCCUAAACCUGUUGGACUGGGGAACGGGUCUUCUGCGGAACGGAAAGAAAAAACCGGAAGCUCCGCCAAGCAAUGGCAAGGUCGACACCACCACCGGCGGCGCCGCCGCCGGAGUUGGCAACACGAAGGAGAUCGAAGUCUAG